AUGGCUUUUCAAUCACCAAUGCCGAGUCGUGAAUUUCUUUGGGAUGUUUUUCAAAGAGUUGACAAAGAUCAUUCUGGAGCAAUAUCUGCUGAAGAGUUACAACAAGCUCUAUCUAAUGGAACGUGGACUCCUUUCAACCCGGAAACAGUUCGCUUAAUGAUCGGUAUGUUUGAUACUGAAAAAUCUACUCCCGAUCCUUCAGGUAUGUUUGACAAAAGUGGAAAUGGAACAGUCAGCUUUGACGAAUUUGGAGCUCUAUGGAAAUACGUCACUGAUUGGCAAAAUUGCUUCCGUUCAUUUGAUCGUGACAACAGUGGAAAUAUAGAUCGUAAUGAAUUGAAAACUGCGCUCACUAAUUUUGGAUAUCGAUUGUCUGACGGAUUAGUUGAUAUGCUGUUGAGGAAAUACGAUCGGCUUGGUCGAGGAACUAUUUUUUUUGACGACUUCAUUCAAUGUUGCAUAGUAUUAUACACAUUGACAUCUGCAUUCCGUAAAUAUGAUGCUGACCAAGAUGGUGUUAUCACUAUACAUUAUGAACAAUUUUUAAGCAUGGUUUUUAAUUUAAAAAUCUAA